AAAAAACAUAUGAAGCCGAAAUGUUUGAAAGAGCGGCUAAAAAAUUAGGUUUAGACUAGGCUAUUUUCAUGGGAGGAGAAUUUAAAUCUGCGGCAACUAAAGAAUAAGACCUAUCAAAGAAAAUGGGGAAAGCGGAAAUCGAGAGUUUACUAAAAAGAGGUAUUUUGGGGCUAAUGAACGAAGAAGAAGAAUAAAAAAAAUCAAACUAAUUCUUUGAAGAUGACAUUGAUUAAAUAUUAAAAAACAAUACCCGAAUAGCUUAGUAUUCAGUGAUUAAAGGGAAUUAUAGUUUCUCUAAAGGGUCAUUUGUUUCAAAUAAAACAGACUAAGAUUUAAAAAUUGACGAUCCGAAUUUCUGGAAUAAAAUUUUAAAAGACUAAGAAAGUAAGACUUUAUUAACUUUAAAAGAAUUCGAUUAAAAACUUAAAUUUUUUGGGAAUGAUUUAGAUUUAUAAAAAAGGUUUUUUUUUAAAAUUUGUGAAUUUGUAAAUGAUUUAAUUUCAAAUAAAUUAAAUUUCAUGAGUUAUAAUGCAGACGAUGAAAAAAAUGUCAAUGAAAUUCUCAAUAAAAUUAGUUAAAGUAAAGAUUUUCAUAAUAAAUAUAUUGAUAUAGCCAAUAGAUGUAUUAAUGAAAUUAAAGAAGGAAGACCUUCGAGAAGAUUUAAAAAAAUUACGCUUUAAGAUUUAGAUAUAUCUAAUUAUUAAGAUAUUGUUAUUAAUUCAAAAUAAACUAAUAAUAUAAAUGAAAAUGAUGAAUUAUAUUAUGAUAAUAAUUACUCUGAUAAUGAUUAUUAAUCAAAUGAAUAAAUUGUUUAAGAAAAAACAAUUUAGAAUUAGAAAAAAGAAAAAAAAGACUCAAAUAAUAAUAAUUAACCUAAAAAUGAAGAUUUAUUAAAAAAACUAUGUUAUUAUUGUGAUAAAUAAAAAUGUACAGUUUUCUGUUCUUCUUAUUGUAAAAGAAGUUUCCAUUAAUAAUGUAAAGAAAAAGUUGAGUAAGGUUAUAUUAAUGUAAAUGGAAUGGACGAAAAUACUGUAAUAUUCCCAAAUGAAUCCCAUAUGGAUGAAGAAAGACUAAAAAGAUUAAUAAAUGUGA